AUGAAGAGCGGGGGAGGCGAAAGCUCAGCUCUUUUCGCACAGACGCGAACGGCUUGCGCGGGGAAGGACGACGAGAACCCACAAAAGAGCCUCGGCCUCUUGGGCGAGUGUGGGAGCUUCCCCUCUUUCCAGUCUUCCGAACCUACCUCUGCACGUGGUAAAUCUCGCCUCUGGCGAUGCAGAGCAGAGCCUCCUUCUCUGGGUCUCUGUACCACUCGAGCAUCGUGA